GCGUCGGAGGCUGAGGCGGAGGCAGCUGUUCCCUACCCGGUGGCGGUGCUUCGCCGGACCCCCUUCCCGGCCCCAUGGAGGCAGCGGCGGGCGGGGGCUGCGGCUCCGGGCCGCCGCUGCUGCUGAGCGAGGGCGAGCAGCAGUGCUACUCCGAGCUGUUCGCGCGCUGCGCCGGCGCCGCAGGCGGGGGCCCCGGGUCCGGGCCCCCUGAGGCCGCCAGGACCGUCCCCGGCACCGUCACCGCAGCCGCGGGCCCCGUGGCCGACCUGUUCCGGGCGUCGCAGCUGCCCGCCGAGACGUUGCACCAGAUCACAGAACUGUGUGGUGCAAAGCGGGUUGGUUAUUUUGGUCCAACACAGUUUUACAUUGCCUUAAAGCUGAUUGCUGCUGCACAGUCUGGCCUUCCUGUACGGAUAGAGAGUAUUAAAUGUGAACUGCCACUGCCUCGCUUUAUGAUGUCAAAGACUGAUGCUGAGAUACGAUUUGGGAACCCGGCUGAACUGCAUGGAACUAAGGUUCAGAUUCCAUAUUUAAUUACAGAAAAAAAUACCUUCAAAAGAAUGGACGAUGAGGAUAAACAGCAGGAAACACAGUCUCCCACGAUGUCACCCCUCGCCUCCCCUCCUUCUUCCCCGCCUCAUUACCAGAGGGUGCCCUUGAGCCAUGGCUACAGCAAACUGCGGAGCAGCACGGAGCAGAUGCAUCCAGCUCCUUAUGAAGCUAGACAGCCCCUUGUCCAGCCUGAAGGACCCUCGUCAGGGGCCCCAGGAGCCAAGCCCCCUCGGCAUAAGGCUUCCCUUAUUCGGUCCUUUUCUGUGGAGAGAGAACCGCAUGACAACAGCAGUAAUUACCCAGAUGAACCCUGGAGGAUAACAGAAGAACAGCGCGAGUACUAUGUCAAUCAGUUCCGAUCCCUUCAACCUGACCCAAGUUCCUUCAUUUCAGGUUCUGUAGCCAAGAAUUUUUUCACCAAAUCAAAGCUUUCCAUUCCAGAACUCUCCUACAUAUGGGAACUUAGUGAUGCUGACUGCGAUGGAGCCCUGACCCUGCCUGAAUUCUGUGCUGCGUUUCAUCUCAUUGUGGCUCGGAAAAACGGCUACCCACUGCCUGAAGGCCUGCCUCCGACUCUGCAGCCAGAGUACCUGCAAGCAGCCUUUCCUAAGCCCAAGCGGGAGUGCACGCUAUUUGAUUCUUAUUCUGAGUCAAUGCCUGCGAACCAGCAGCCCCGUGAUUUGAAUAGAAUGGAGCUAUCUAUUAAAGACACAGCUGACUUUCCUGUCCCAACCCAAGAUGUGACUAGUGAUGACAAACAAGAACAAAACAAAACACGUCUAGCUUUGAAAAGUACUGCAGAUGAAGCCUUACCAAAGGAUAUGUCCGAGGAUCCAGCCACUUCUAAGGAUUCCAACAGUCUCAAAGCAAGACCAAGAUCCAGAUCUUACUCUAGCACCUCCAUAGAAGAGGCCAUGAAAAGGGGCGAGGACCCUCCCACCCCACCACCGCGACCACAGAAAACCCAUUCCAGAGCCUCCUCCUUGGAUCUGAAUAAAGUCUUCCAGCCCAGUGUGCCAGCUACUAAGUCAGGAUUGUUACCUCCACCACCUGCACUCCCUCCAAGACCUUGUCCGUCACAGAUUUCCCAUCACAAUGUAAACAGUGAGCGCAGUGCUCAUCCCAAGCCUCCAACUCAGCUGCCUAACUAUGGAGAUUUCAGACUGCAGAAACAGAUGAGUAAACCAAGGCACAGAGAACUUCAGGAAUUUCCUCAAGGUCACCCACAGCAAUCUGAACAAGUGUCUGAGGCUGAAAUACACCCCCAGCUGAACAGAGCUCCCUCCCAGGUUGCUGAGAGUAGUCCAACGAAGAAGGACAUACCACAUUCUCAGCCUCCAUCAAAGCCCAUCCGAAGGAAGUUCCGACCUGAAAACUCAGCUACAGAAAGCCAAGAGCCUCCUAGCACUGUUGGGCCAGUGUCGGCAGCGAGCGGGAAGCCCCACGCAGCAGUCCAAAAACAGUCUUCCAAACAGAAGAAGGCUAUUCAAACUGCUAUCCGCAAAAAUAAAGAGGCAAAUGCAGUGCUGGCCCGGCUGAACAGUGAACUCCAGCAGCAGCUCAAGGAGGUUCAUCAAGAACGGAUUGCGUUGGAAAACCAAUUGGAACAACUUCGUCCAGUCACUGUGUUGUAAGACUCAAGUAACAGUGGGUGACUCUUUCUGCCAAGAUCUUUCCUUUGAAUGUUUCAACCCAACUACUUGUCAUAGAUGUCCAAGACUGUGUGAAAAGCUGCGAGCAGCAGAAUAUAAUCCAUAUUUCCUUUUCUCCUGUACAUUUUACUCUGGUGGAAAAAAUGCAACUGAUUAUCACACUUGAAAUUAUAAUUAUCAGUGGAAUUUAUCUCCCAUUCUUAAGUACUUCCUCAAGUUGUUAGAUGUUGCUCCUUACCAAAAACCAAUCUUCUAGCAAAUAAAAACAAAUUAGAGCAUUAUUUAUUUAAGGAAUUUAUGAUUUGUAUAAAACCUUGUAACCUAGUACUUUCAGGAUGCUUGUUUUAUUUUUGUAUGUAUAUCAAAUACAGUAGGUUGGUUUCCUGAAUAAUUGGGAUUCCAACUGGAUAGUCUUUGGCAUGAUGAUAAUAAAAGCAAAAACUAAAAUAAGAGCAUCAGAUUUAGACUGGCGCUGUGCCCUCCGCCACCAUAUGCCAAAAAUUGCUUCUCUAGUGCCAUUUUGACAUUAUAUCUAGCUAUAAAUAAUACAUAACUAUUGUUUUCUGUUGAAUGGCAGAGAUUUAUUGGGUCUUUGUACCUCUAUAAAGUGGAAGUUUUGUCAAUGAUCUAUUUAACUUGGCCCAGCUAGGCCAUCAGCUCACAGAACUCAGUCCUUUCAUGUAAAUUUUUGGGCAAGAACAAUCUGCUUUAACCACCUCACCCGAUCAAAUUAAAUAAAUAGUUGCCAGAUCUCUACUUCUAUCCUGCAUGGGAUAACAUAUCUGUAAGUGCAUGUAUUUGGAAGCUAUACAUCAGAUGUGAAAAGCUGAAGAGACUCUUUGGACUGAUAAAUAUUUGUUACUUGAGCAUAGGUAUUCACCCAGCAGAAGAAGGGGAAUGGUUGUUACCAGCAAUCCAACAACUCUGGUAGUUAUUUUUGUCUUUGUUAUUUUAACCUGGAUUGUGAUUGUAUUGAGUAUGAAGGAAUAAUGCAAGAUAACUGAUCUUCACUCUGGAUAUACAACUGUUUGUUCCCUGUGAAAUGUACCCUUGGGAAGUGAUUGGUUUAUAUACAGUCCAGCAGAGCCCACUGACUCCAGUGUAUGUGAUGUAAAACCCUGAGCUCAAAUUGCAGAAGCCAGUAUCCUAUAGAAAUUUUGAUCACCCGCUCCUCCUGUGAAGGUCAGGUUGAAAGUGGGAAUUGACUGAUUUUCACAGGGAUCAGGGCACACCUGCUUUAACAUGACUUUGAGAGACUGAUUACAAGAAAUGCUAUCUCUUGUGCAUUUUGAUAAUUUAGCCAUUCUUAGAGUAGAGGGGUGGGGUGUGCCUGGGGUCCUUUUUGAAGGGAUUUAGGAUUGGUUUGCGGUGUGGGACUAAGCCUUUGGUUUCAGUAGAGUUGACAGCUUUUAGAAUAAGUAGGUAUUUAUUUAGUGCUUCCUUAUCUUAUUUGCCAGCUUUAUCAAUAGCUUAAUGGCAGAAGGGAAAGACUCAAGCAGAUGAUAUUUUCCCAAAGAAAAACAAAUUGUUGAUUCUAUUCUGUACAUAUUAAAGGAUUUUGAAUUGAUUUGAUUUUGACAAUCUUAGAACUUGAACUGUUUCUCUAUUCCCCCUUUCCUUCCAUUUGGUUGCCUUUUCUGUCCCUCUGGGAGGGUUUUGGAGUCAUUUUAAACCCUUCCUAAGAUUAUGAAUAGGUGGUGCAGAUUUUUGAGGUAACCUCUUCUCCCAUGUUCUGAGAUCUGGGGGCUACCACAGAUUUUAUCAACAGUGUCCUUGUUGCAGACAUUCCACAGCAUGCUUAGUUUUUGUUGCAUUCUACCCGGGAAAGACCGGCUUGUGUGCUCCAUCUCCUCAUCUUCCAGUACAUACACAGUCACCCGAGAUAGCACUGCAUGUCCAGUGAGGAGGCAUAUGAAACUAAGAAAUUUUAGUUUUUAUUAUAUGUUUUAAAAUAUUGAUAUAUUUUUCCCUCAUCAAGUCAGUGCCAGCCAGAGUAAGACAAAUUGGAAGUUGGGGUUUUGUUUAGUUGGCUUGGUUUUCACUAAAGGAACAAACACACACUGGACAGUUAAAGUUUCAUGAAUUGUGUAGUCUCACUACUAUUUUAAGAUGAGCAUUGCAUUAAAGCACACAUCAGUUUCUGUAUCCAGCUUUUGUGACUGCACUUAAUGGUGACCAUUAAGUGUAUUAAUUGCUUAGAAGUGGAUUAAAAAAACCAAAUACACACUAUUAUUAUUACCUGACUAGUGUUCUUCUUCUAUGUCUCUCUUUUCCCAGAAUGUGCACUUUUAAGAUUAUAGCUCCUAUUAAUAUUUCUAUGAGCCUUUAAUGUGAUUUCUAGGAAGGCUGGGUUAUUGAAAUCACCAUUAUACCUCUUCUAUAAAACUACUCCAAAAUUAGACUGCUUAUUGGGCAGAAUUCAACAGAUAGAAGGUCGAGGUUGCCCCCAUCCAUGGGGCUUUAAUAAGCUUGUUGUUAAGUGGUUUCCUCCAGAGGGGUCCUGUAGUCCCAAGGAUGAAAGCUCAGUAGGAAUUGAUAGCAGAUUUAUGGGGCACCUCAGUGUCUCUUGUAUGCAGUGUACUGCUCUUGCACCUCCCUGUCCAUCAGACAUGAAGCAAAACCAAAACGUAGAUAUCUAGAAAGAAGGUCUGUGGUGUAAUCAAGGCAGAUAAUUGCACUUGCUUUAGUUGGGAAGAUCUAACUGCUUUAUAAAUAUUAGAGAAGUGCUUUGGGCCUGAUGGGGAAGGGAGACAUCUCAACUGGAAGCUAUGCCCAUUUUACUCUCCUUGGAGAAUAGGAUGUCACAGCUGAGAGGACUUGUACCUGUCUCCUGCAGUUUGCUUGUGGGGGAACCAAGGCCAUCAGAAACUACAUUUUCUAGCCUAAGAAUCUAUAGAAAGAUAAGUAGUGGCAGAGUUGAGAUGCCAGCUGAUCUUAUGGAUUCUAAGUCAAGUCCUCUAGCCUCUAGCAAUACUAAAAAUAGAUGAGAAGGUUUUCUUCUAUUCACUGUGUUGAAUUUUAUUUACUUAGUAAGUCUUCGAGUAUGAAAACAUGUUUCAGUGAGUUUUAGAUCUAGAUAUUUCUCUUGGAUUGAAGCAAAAAUUAAAUCUGAAGGGAAGAAUAAGAUUGAACUAUUUGUUCUUCUGAACACCUCACCUUUCAUGAUGCAAUAAAUUACUCUGAGUUUCUUGGCAGAACUUUUGACAGCUGUUGCUUUGAAUGGAUUCCAUUCCUGUAUUCCUUAUGGGAGUUUGUUUUUAAAAUAGACUACUGCGAUGGAAAUGAACUCAAUAUGUAGUAAGUUAUAGUUUUCUUCGAUAUAUCUUUAGUUAUGUGGGUUGCAAAUGUUCGAUUUCAGCAUAUUUUAGGGGGAGUAAUAAAAAACAUGAGUUUUCCUUUGAUUUCCUACCAGUGUCUGAACUAUCAUAAAGCAUUCUUUUCUUCAUAUAUGACUUGAUUCUAUAGUAUCUUUAUAAAUGAUAAUUUGUCUAUUUCUUAAAUAAUCUCACAACUGUGGUAAUAAUAGAUGUGUACUCAGAAGAUCAAUAACAAAAUCAUCUGGAAUGGAUGUUUCUCUUGCAAUUAAGACAGGCAUUUGCAAAUGCCUUCUUCUAAGCAGUAGUUGGAAAGAUCUCAGUUAUAGUAUAACACCUUACAGCUAAAAACAUUUGUUCAACACAAACUACAAUCAGACCUCGUGACUAGACAUUGCCAAAGGAAUGUAAUUUUGAAAGUGUGUGUGUGUAUAUAUAUAUAUAUAUAUAUAUAUAUAUAUACACAUACACACAUACAUACAUUCAUAUAUAUAUAUAUAUAUAUAUAUAUAUAUAUAUAUGAAUUCCAAAUAUCACAGCAGCCAGAUCUUUCCAUAUUAUUGACAAGUAGGACUUAUAGGUUGUGGUUUGAACAUUAUGAACAAAAUGUAAUAUCAGUUAGAAAAAGGUAGGUCUUUUUCUCCUCUAGUUAAAUAGAACACUAUUUGUUUUCAUGGCAACUUUGGUUUCUCUUUCCAACUGGCUUAUUCUGUUGCAAGUGUACUCUUUUAAAACUGAUUUCAAAGAUCUCUUGAAUUUACACGUUAGUGAUAGGUGUUUUGUUACAUUAUUUUUUUCCAUCAUGACUCAGUGUGGUUCAAGUUCCUAGUAGAAGUGGGGAUUUGGGUUUUUGGAAGUCUGAGGUGGCAUCUCCUCUUUUGGCACAAGCAAAAGGCUACUGCCCACCAAUGCCAACAGCUCAGUCAUUGAUGGCAAUUUGCAUGUGAGUCUUACUCUGUGAGCCACCCCACUUUGCUUGUUUGCAAUGAGAAAUGCGCCUAGUUCUGUGACCCUCCCAAGAGCAACCAUAAGAACAGACAUGGAGGACCAGACUUGAAAAGUAGCACAAACUCUAAGAGCUGCUCCCCUCCUCAAAAAUAGGCAUUCAGAGUUUACCUUACAAGUGCCUCUGAAACAGCCAGUCUGUUGAUGUGAGCAAGAGAUCCCAGAUACACAGUUGCUUUUAGGCUCAGGUAGUUAUUGUCUACAUUUGCUAACCUACAUGAUCACAAAGGAAGCUUUUCUAAAAGGCAUUGCAGGGUUUCAACUGAGAGGGCUUGUUCUAAUUAUAGAAGCCUGCUCUGUUCUUAACAAUUGGAAAUGUUUAUUUUUUUGCGUGUUCUUGCUCUAAGCUAAGUUCAUGGGUGUAGGAAGUCGGAGAAAAUGGGCUUAAGGCUCUGGAGACCAGAGGACAUGGGACUUUUAAGAGGGCUACACUAGGGAGAUUCAGGGACUAGUUCCGUCCUAUUAAAGUAGUCUUUUGGAAAACAGGACUGGAUCGUAAAGGUCCUUUAUGGAGUUCUGCCCUCAGAAUGGUGCAGUUGACACAAGAACCCCAUUAUAUGGAGAUUGGAUCAGCUAGUUUUGUUGUUUCUGUUUUGUUUUAAGGCAGUUUGUAUGAGGACUUUGGCUGUACCCAUCUUGGGAACUGGGUGUACCCUUUUCUUUAGCACUACCACUCCUUUUGUCUUCAGUGCAAGUAUGAUGUUCAAGAAAGCCAGAGGCGGGAAGAGCCAUUUUAGUCUUUGUUACGGUGGGCCAGGAGGGAUAAUGAGCUGAUGGUCUAUUUUAACCUUGAGGGUAAAAGUGUAUAUUUUUUCACUACAAGUACAUUGAAUAGUAAAAUGAGUAACCACAAAGUAUAUAUUUAAUGCCUUCUGUCUUUUCAUGAUAAUGUGAAACAAGUUCUAUUAAUAUUUUACUUAGCCAGAGUCUUAUUCACUUGCUAGGCCUUGGGAACAUUAUGUAUAUUGAUCUUAAACAUAAAUAAAUAUAGGGUAACCUAUAUUUGGAUUGUGACUUGUAGACUCUAACCUUACUGCCUCUUUUUCACACUUGUUGGAAAGUCUGUGAAGAACAUAGUAGGUUAAAAAUCUCCAACUUUGGAAAAUGUACAUGAUGUGAAACUGGGGUGCUAUGUUAAAAAUAAAUGUAUGAUAACUAA